AUGGCAUUGGACUCCCAACAACUCACAUCGCCAUCACAACAGGCUGUCACACAGCUCGAGUCGUCAAUAGCCAAGGGCAAGAAGGAGUUCAAAGAGCUCAAAGAUACAACAAACAAGUUAAUGACUGAAGUUGUUCUAUUCAUUAAUUUGGUCGCUGAAGCCGAUGGCAAGCUUCAAAAGGAAAGAGAGAACUUACAACAUUUGGUAUCGGAUGCCAAUGAACAACUUGCCAAGAUGUUUGAGAUUGAACAGUCGAUACAGGAGUUGGAGCGAAAGAAUGGAGAGGUCAUCUCGAUCAAUGACAAGCUGGCAUCAUCAAUUGAGUGGUAUCAACCUUAUAUCAGGAUGGUGGAGAAGUUGCAGGCCGUACGUCUGAGGGACAUGACUGCCAACGAGGUGACAUUCGACCUGAGCGUGGCCAAUGUCACACACGCCGUGUCUCUGAGACUGGACCCCGCACGCAAGUCCAUCACGAGCAUCCAAAUCAAUCCGGCUCCAGUCCAGCUGGAACACCUUGCACAGGACAUGUCAGAGGCGCGCGAGAUGGCGUCGUUGGUCGAAGAGAUGACAUUUGCACUGACCAAUCAUUACAAGCGCGAACGAGAGAUCAAGGAAGUCUCACAACACUACCAGAUCAGACGGAUGGCCGGUGUGCCGUCAUCACUCACAAUCGAAGUAUCACUGAGCACUGGCCACGUCUGCACAAUCAAGUUUGACAACGACUAUCCACUGCAUCCAACUGGCGCCAUCAGACUGAUCAGUGUACAAAGGCAAGGUCAGGCCAUUGGCAGCGAUCAACUCACUUCUAUACACACUCAAGUACAUCGACCUGAUUGUAAAUACGACUUGGCACAACUUAUACAACACUUGAUAGGUCUGCUUCAGAACUCAUAA